AUGAGCUUUGGCAUGAUGAAUUAUGUGCUCAAGAGCAGCGCCCACUGCGCUCCGAACAACGUGUGCUCGACUUCGUGCGACCGAUCGCUGAGCGUGUGCGCAAGAUGGGCGAGCAGAUCCACCUUCUUCAAGAUCAACUUCGGAAUGCUGGCAUGUGUGGUCCUCCUCUUCCUGCUGCUGAUCAUUCUGAUCUUGCUGAUCUGUUUCCUGGCGGUGCGGGUGGCUCUGGCGGAUUUCGGGUAUCCCUCGACCGAUCGCAGGCUGUUGCACAUUUGGCCGCUGCUGCGAGUGGCGCUGCUCAGACUUGUCCUGAUGCUUGCGCUGCGGAUGAGCCCCAAGAUUGUGUACAUGUUGGCGCCGCCUGUGCCGGAGUGGCCGCUGUUGAGCGCGGUGUCUCUCUUCGACUUCUUGGUGGUGUUCGCGAUUGUCCCUCAGUGA